UUUAAAGGAGAAAAAAAUAAUGAAAAAUGGCGCAAGUGAAACUGAAAACCCUAAACAUUUUAGGUAUAAAAGCAACGCAACACUCAUUUGCCCCAACCCUAAACCCUCACAUCGCAUUCCCCCCUUCCCAUCUCACUCCCCCACUCUCUCUAAAAUGGCCGCCGCAGCUGCAGCAGCUCGUCCCCUAGUCACCGUCCAAACCCUAGAUGGCGACAUGGCCACUGACCAGUGCCAAACCGUCGCCUUACCCGACGUCAUGAAAGCGUCCAUCCGCCCAGACAUCGUCACCUUCGUCCACGCAAACAUCUCAAAGAACAGCAGGCAACCCUACGCCGUUUCGAAGAAGGCCGGCCACCAGACCUCCGCCGAGUCUUGGGGUACCGGACGCGCCGUCUCACGUAUCCCACGUGUCCCCGGCGGCGGGACUCACCGCGCUGGGCAGGGAGCAUUCGGAAACAUGUGCCGUGGUGGUCGCAUGUUCGCUCCCACCAAGAUCUGGCGCCGCUGGCACCGCAAGAUCAAUGUGAACCAGAAGCGAUAUGCCAUCGUUUCGGCCAUUGCCGCAUCCGCCGUGCCUUCUCUGGUUUUGGCCAGGGGACACAAAAUUGAGACCGUCCCAGAGCUUCCCUUGGUCGUCAGCGACUCUGCUGAGGGCGUUGAGAAGACCUCGGCGGCUCUGAAGCUUCUGAAGCAGAUCGGGGCUUACGCUGACGCCGAAAAGGCCAAGGACAGCCACGCAAUCCGACCCGGAAAGGGGAAGAUGAGGAACCGGAGGUACAUCAACCGCAAGGGCCCGCUCAUUGUGUACGGAACUGAAGGGGCCAAGCUGGUGAAGGCCUUCAGGAACAUUCCUGGCGUCGACAUUAUCAAUGUUGAGAGGCUUAACCUGCUUAAGCUCGCUCCGGGUGGUCAUCUGGGUCGUUUUGUCAUCUGGACCAAAUCGGCUUUUGAGAAGCUGGACUCUAUUUACGGGUCGUUUGAUAAGGUUUCGGAGAAGAAGAAGGGCUACGUGUUGCCCAGGUCGAAGAUGGUGAAUGCUGACUUGGCGAGGAUUAUCAACUCUGAUGAAGUUCAGUCUGUGGUUAGGCCAAUCAAGAAGGAGUUCAAGAGGGCACCUCUGAAGAAGAACCCAUUGAAGAAUCUCAACACUCUUCUGAAGUUGAACCCUUACGCUAAAACUGCUAGGAGGAUGGCUCUUUUGGCCGAAGAGCAGCGGGUGAAAGCUAAGAAGGAGAAGCUUGACAAUCUCUAA